AUGCAUCCUGCCUUCCUAACCAGCGUGACCCAGUUAAACGAAAGGAUUUUCCAAGCCGCAUUCACGCAUUCUUACAAGCUUGCGAAAGGGCAGACUCUGGUGAUAUAUGCGCAGCCGCCGGAGCGCGUGACUACCCUCUUCCUGUUCGUGACCGGCAACCCUGGCAUCCUCCCCCUGUACAGGUCAUUCCUCGAUAAGAUAGCCACUUCGGCGCCGGACAUUGCCGUCUUCGGACAUGCGCUCUCCGGGCAGGUCUCCGAAGUGCCAACACCACCAGAGAGCACUUACUCUCUAGACGCACAAGUCGACGCAAAUAUUGAGCUGUUUGACUCACUCCUCACCCUGUUCGAUAAAAAUGUCAAAGUUGUGUUAUGCGGCCAUAGUGUGGGAGCAUGGAUUAUGUGUAACGUCGCCAAACGACGGCCAGACAACAUCGACGCGCUAUUCCUCGUCACACCAGCCAUUUGCAAUAUUUCAAGCUCGCCUAAUGGCCGACGGCAAGGGUGGAUGUUCACCCCUUUUGGGCGCACAAUUCUCCCCAUAUGCGCCUGGAUGUUACAGCCCAUCGCCUCUCUAAUCGCUCCUUACAUCGUCCCACCUGGCAUCAACAAGCGUGUCGACGCCGCUCACUAUGAGAUGGUGAAGGACAAAGCAUCCCAAUUCAUUUCGCACCCGAGCAUCCUAUACGCCGCGCUGACUCUGGCACAAUACGAAAUGCGAGAAAUCAAGGAGCUGGAUCGCGAGUUCUUGCAAAAGAAUAGGGAGAAGAUAUUCUGUCUGUUCGCUAGAGUAGACAACUGGGUUGGCAAGAACCGGGCGGAGAUCGAGGAGGCUCUGGGGCUCACGCCGGGCGCUAAUACGCCGAGAUCGUCGGAGGGCGAACCUGGUAUCCCGCAUGCAUUUUGCUUUGAACAUAACAUUCCAGUCGCCAACGUUUGUAUUCGUUGGCUGGAGGAAAACAUACACCGGCCGGAGGGAGCUCCGGCAGGUGGACCAAGGGAGGUAGAAAGCAUUGUAUCACCCCGCAACCUCGUUGAGGAGCUCUUCAUGUAAAAUACAA